AUGGGGAAGAGAGCUUCGGCUGUGUAGGGCUGUGUGCGUUCGGCAGCUUAGCGCUUAGCGAUGGGUUUAUCAGGAAGAGAUGAUGCCUUCGUGCAAGGCUUUUGCUUUCCAUUCUUCCCAGACGACCCCCUCAUCUCAAACUGCGUCGGCUGCUUCAGCCCAGACGAGACAGAUUAUUCGCUAUGGCUAGCGCGGAGCUUGUGUUCGAGCGUUCGUUCUACAUCGGCGUUGUGAUGACCUCCAUCGUCUACGGCACACAAGCGAACAUGUUCCUCCGGUCACUGUAUUACAUUGUCCAGGAUCCGCGGCGGACGCGAGAACAAAUUAUCUACGUCGCAUAUGGAGGGCUGGUGCUGCUCGCGGUGACGAUAGUUAUUGUGACAAAAUCAUUUGAAUGGCAACAGAUGUUGGUAGAGAACCCGAAUUACCCAGGUGGCCCAGCAGCGUACCUGGCGGCUCAUGCGGCUUCCUGGGCCGCUACGCUGAACGGAGCGGCGGUCGUGUUCACUGACGUACUCGUCAAUCUCUUUCUGCUCUAUCGUUGCUUUAUCAUAUGGAACUCGGUCGUCUUGAUCUCUCUCUUGCCCGCCUUGGUCUUUCUUGCGGCGACAGGCCUUGGCAUCGCUUCAUUCAUCGAAUCUGCCCUCGCCGCGAACAUCUACACCGGGGUGCCCGCGGAGAUCGGUGUACACUACAUCGCGCUCACCGUCUCCUUCAACGUCCUCGUCACGCUUCUCAUCGCCUUGCGCCUCCUCCUCCUAAUGGACAUCCGUAUGCGCGACGCAUUUGCGAGCGUGCCCACAUACCGGGGUGGAGCUGCCGCAGGGCAGCAACCAUACACGGGAAUCGCCACCAUGCUCAUCGAGAGCGCGUCGCCGGCGGCCGCAGCCGGAAUCGCGUUCAUCGUAUUGUAUGCCAGGAGAUCCGGAUUCGAGUAUACGCUCAGCCAGCUGUGGGCUGCCUUCAUGGCACUCACUCCCCAGCUGAUCAUCCUGCGAGUUACAAUGGGUCGCGCUUGGACGCACAAAGGGGAGCUGUGUUUCACAGAGCCCAUUCAGUUUGCGCGUAGGACAGAGCGCGGCACUGCAUGGUCGGCUGCCAGUGGAGAUGAGUCAUGGGGGACGGAUGCUAGUCGCAGCAGGAAAGACGAAGAAGGUAUACCGGCUGGGAUAGAUACGGUUGCGCCAGUAGAGCUCAACCUGCGUCCAUCACGAUCGUAGUCUUGGGGGACAGUGAGCUUUCAGACUUGAAACUUUCAUCGACGAUACCAUUGAGAGGUCGUAAUUGAUAUUGCCACAGUUUACAAGGUAUGAAUCGUAAUUGGAGUUGUACAGUGAACAUUGUGUGAAGUACAAGUUGACGUAAGUAGGG